AUGUUCAAUUCUUCUCUGCGGCGCGCAGCCCGAUCUGCACCCUCAAUACCCUCUCGCCCAACAACACCAUCGAUAGCGCCUUUUACCUCACGAACCCAUCAGAGGCGGCACUCCUCUUCGAAGCCGCCUGCUCCCCCAAAUAACAAUGGCUCGCCUACGAUUCCGGCUGAUGUGAAGCAAGUGACGCCCAGAUCGGAAGCUAAGGCCGAGAGCAAAAAGCCUGCUGAGCGCUCAUCGAAGAAGAAGGCCGCUGCUCCAGCGAAGGCCGAGGCAAACGAAGCGCAAGAGAAUUGGACCUCAUCAUUCCCAAGCGUGCCCACUACUGCGCACAUGGGCCAGAAAGACCUUGCCGUUGCCUCUUUCUAUGCUAUUCAUAGACCCGUCUCGAUAACAGGACCAGGUCCCAAAGCUCAAGAAGCCUCUUUCAGUGUUGAUCAGAUUUUCGCUCCAAAGCCAUCGAAAUCAAGAGCGAAGCAAACAAAUGAGUUCGUUCUGACGCUUUCUUCUGCCCUCGACACCCUGAAUAAUGCCAUCGCCGAUAAGCAGGCGCAGACACAAGCACAGUCAGCUCAACCUAGCGACGACUCGACCUCUCCGCAGAAAGAGCUCUUCCGUGUAGUUGAUGGUUCUGGCAAUCAAUUCAAGGUCGUGUCGAGCCCGGCACAAAACGCAUUCCGUCCGUUCCACCCUCCGCCGCCACCAACGGCAUUAUCGCAAGAACAAAUCGAUGCCCUCGACCGCCGAGCUGCCUCUGUGGAGGAGGCUGGCGAAGAAGCUCUGGCUUCCCAACUAGAGGCUCAGAUUCAGGGUCAGGAUGCCCAGGCCGCUGCAGCACGCGGUCGUCGUGAUCGUGCAAAGCUCGAGGCUCUUCUCAACCCCUCAUCACAAACGCACAGCGCGGAAAUCGUCGUGAACACCAAGACCUUGCGUGAGAAAUACAGCUUCUUCACCCCGACAGAGCCCGCACCGGUACAGGAACCAGGCAGAACUGCACGUGUGGGACAACGGAGACGGAGAGGUUUCGCCGUCCAGGUACCGGGAAAAAGGAAGGUGACGUACCGAAUGAUAAGCGUGAAGAGGCAGAGGAAGUUGAAGAUGAAGAAGCACAAGUACAAGAAGGUGAGUUGCUUGUCCUCGAAACAACACUGCCGUGACGACUGA